GCAAGAGUACGUAACUAGGCAGUUUCGAUUCAAGAGGCAACAACAGUAAUUCGUGCAUGAAGCUGCUUUAUAAUUUCACGUUCUUGAAACACCUUGCGAGAGUGCGGCAUUUAUUUUGGAAGGAACUUUUAUCCACGAUGAGCAAAAUAGAAUCCACAACAUUCUAUAACGGAAAUAAAGUCCCUAUUCUUGGAUUGGGAACUUGGAAAUCAAAAGGCGGAACCGCUGUAGAAGUUAUCAAAGAUGCGGUUCGCAUAGGUUAUCAUCAUAUUGAUACGUCACCAGUUUAUGGCAAUGAGAAAGAAAUUGGAGAGGCAAUCACCGCGCUUUUGAAGGAAGGUGUUGUCAAACGCGAGGACCUUUUCGUGACCAGUAAACUAUGGAACACUCGGCACCGACCCGAUCUCGUCGAACCCGCUUUACGAAAAACGCUGUCCGAUUUAAAUCUCGAGUAUCUUGACCUUUACCUUAUUCAUUGGCCAGUUGCUUUCAAAGAAUUGGAAGAGCCAUUCCCAGAGGGUCCAGAUGGAAAGGUCCAGUUCAGCGAUGUUGACUACGUUGAAACAUGGAAAGCUAUGGAACAAAUACUGGAAAAGGGACUAGCUAAAAAUAUUGGCGUCAGCAACUUCAAUUCCAAACAGCUUGCAAGGAUUCUUGAAAAUUGCAAAGUCAAACCGGUGACUAACCAAGUCGAAUGUCAUCCGUACCUGCCCCAAGUCAAAUUAUCUGAAUUUUGCAAAUCCAAGGGCAUCCUAAUUACGGCAUACAGUCCAUUAGGUUCACCGGACAGGCCAUGGGCGCAACCCGGAGACCCCAGUCUGCUUGAGGAUCCAAAGGUCAAAGGUAUUGCAGAAAAAUACAACAAGACACCAGCUCAAGUUGUUUUAAGGUACCAGGUGCAACGAGGUCAUAUCGUCAUCCCGAAAUCUGCUUCAAAGGUGAGAUUACAGGAAAAUACUAAUAUAUUCGACUUUCAAUUGUCUGAAGACGAUAUUAAACUUCUUCACACUUUUGAUCGCAAAUGGAGAGUUUGUCCAAUGAACAGUGCCGCUGAGCAUAAAGAUCAUCCUUUCAACGAAGAUUUUUAAACGGAGCUGAAGAAUUAACAGCUGUGUCACAAAUGAAGAGCUUUCAGAAAUACAUCGUGAAUGCUUGUCUUUUAACAAAUAAAAAUUGUUGCCUUAUUCUGAUAACAGUGUUAAAUUUGUAAAAUUGAAUUCUAUAAAUUGAAUAAUGAAAUCUUACAUAACAUGCACAUAAAGAAUGGUGUAUCAAAAUGUAUCCAAUGUUAAACUAAUUAUAAAAAUUCAUAAUUAAUAAGUUGUAGGUGAUACUUGUGAUUUGUCAAACGCUUAUAGGUAUUCUAUAAUUACAGUUGUACAAAAAACUUUUUACGAACUUAGAUUUUGCGUUCUUGU